AAAUAUUCACCCAAAGUUGGGAAGCCAUAUAAAAAUUGACGGACUCGUGAGAUUUUUCUUCACAGCUGAAGUUUCGUCAUCCAGGGUCGUCGGGAUUUAAUUACUUUAUUUGCGGAAGAGGUGUGUGAUGGCGAAAACAGGGCUCCUGCUCACAUCCAGCCUGGCCCGGUUGCCAUUUUGCCUGCAGGCUGCCCGGAAGCACGUCGCCAAGACCCUCUACAUCCAGAUUGAGCCACGGAGUAGCAAUAUUCAGUGCGUCCCCAUCUACAGCACUGCUAUAAAUCGCAUUUAUACCUCCUCCAGCAUCCACUGCAAUCAUCUGGAUGUCCGGGUGCUCAUCACGAACCUCCGGGGGCAGCGUGUGCAGAGCCUCAGUCAGCAGGUGGAUGUCCUGAUGUUUGAUGCUGAUGUUCCCCAGGCAGAGGCUACACUCCUGGCUGAGGGGCUCCGUGCCCCCAGUGUUGUGCAGCUGGAGAAUCCGGAAGCAGUUGAAUCCCAGGGAUUUACCACGGAGGAUGGUGAUUCACCGGAUAGCUACAAAAUGCACGACAAUGUUGUCCUGGGAGGAACAUUCGAUCGCCUCCAUAUGGGGCACAAAAUCCUCCUUUCCAAUGCCGUUCUGCGUGCCAAGAAGCGCCUUGUUGUGGGUGUCACGGAUGCCAGUAUGGUUAAAUCAAAGAAACUCCCGGAACUUAUUCUUCCGGUAGAUCAGAGGAUUAACGAUGUAACAAACUUCCUCAAGGACAUUGAUCACUCCCUGAGGUACGAAGUGGUACCCAUAAGUGAUCCCUUUGGCCCCACAGCAACAGAUCCGGAUAUGGAUUUAAUUGUUGUGAGUCAGGAAACCCAGAGAGGUGGGGAGAAAGUCAAUGAGUUGCGGCAGAAGAAUAAUCUGAAUAAACUCCAAAUUCACUGCAUUGGGAUGCUUGAAGGGGAAUCCGUGGGCGAGGAGGACAAGGAGGUGAAAAUCAGCUCGAGCAAUCAACGGAUGGAUCUCCUGGGAACGAGAAUCCGGGAGCCAGAGCCAAAGGGGCACCUGGAGAAGCAUCCGUAUUUGAUUGGUCUGCUGGGUGGGAUUGCCUCAGGGAAGAGUAUCAUGUGUGAGCGAUUCAAGCGCUUUGGGGCUGCUGUAAUUGACUGCGAUAAGCUAGCCCAUUCACUCUAUGAGCCCGGAACUGAGUGCUUCAAUGCCCUUAAGGAGCAUUUUGGUGCUGGGAUUGUGGGCAGUGAUGGGAAGAUUGACCGGAAGAUCCUUGGAUCGAUUGUUUUCAGCCAAAAGGAAAAGCUCGAGGAGCUCAAUGGGAUUGUCUGGCCAAAGCUCCUGGAUGCCGUGAAGGUUCGCAUUGAGGAGAUUAGGAAGCAGGGGCAGCAUCGAGUGGUCUUCAUUGAAGCCGCCGUACUCCUCAAAGCUGGCUGGCAGAAUCACGUUCACGAAGUCUGGAGCCUCAUUAUCCCACCGGAGGAGGCUAUUCGACGUCUCCAGGAGAGGAAUAACCUCACCGAAGAGGAAGCAAAAAUGCGCAUUAAUUCCCAGCUCAGCAAUGACGUCAUCGUUCAGCAUUCCAAUGUUGUCUUCUCCUCGCAGUGGAGCUAUGAAUUCACCGAGAAACAAGCAGUCCGGGCAUGGGAAAUCCUCAUGAAGGACCUGGACACUUGUCCGGAAGUUUCAUCCAAGAUUUAGUCUUUUUUAACUGGAAUUUUGUAACAUUUUAUGGUUGUUUGUUGGAUAAAAGUUUUAAUUUUUGUUC